GGCGGCGCCACACGGCGCUCCAGCUUCGAUUGAUAGGGCCUUGCUGUGUAGCCGCCAAGCGUGGUGCUUGCUAUGGAGGGGCCGAGCCACAGCGCGGUCGGUGAGUGGCGCUGGUCGGUCGGAGCCCGGCGUUAGUUACAGCGCUGGUUACAUUGUAUCCGCCGCGUUCCAUCGGCCUGGGCCCCGCUCCAGCUGCCGGGUUAUGAGAGCCGGGCAAUGAUCUCCAACCUCUGCCUCUUUCUCUCUCUCCUGGCGGCUGCCUGCCCCGCCGCCUCCUCCUCCUCCUCAUCCUUCUUCUCCCUUCGCUACGAGGACAAGUUAUCUUCACGGCGCCUUUUGAAUGCGACCAGACCGCCCGUGGUGCUGGUUCCAGGUGACCUGGGGAACCAGCUGGAGGCGAAGCUGAACAAACCUAGCGUGGUGCACUAUCUGUGUGCCAAGAAAACCGAGGAUUAUUUCACCCUGUGGCUGAAUCUCGAGCUGCUUCUGCCUCUCGUCAUUGACUGUUGGAUCGACAACAUGAGGCUUGUUUACAACACGACAACCAAAACAACAAAAACCCCACCUGGAGUUGACGUGAGAAUUCCCGGAUUUGGGAAAACCUACCCGCUGGAAUUCCUGGAUCCCAGCAAAAGGACUGUAGGGAUUUACUUUUAUACUCUGGUGAAGUACAUGGUGGAGUGGGGCUAUCUCAGAGAUGAAGAUGUCCGUGGGGCUCCAUAUGAUUGGCGACGAGCACCCAAUGAAAAUGGUCAGUUUUUCAAGGAUCUGCAGGUGAUGAUUGAAUCCAUGUACGAGAAAUAUGGUAGUCCCGUCGUUCUGAUGGCGCACAGUAUGGGAAACCUCUACACGCUCUAUUUCCUGAACCAUCAGCCCCAGGAGUGGAAAGACAAAUACAUUAAAUCCUACAUUGCACUGGGGGCUCCUUGGGGAGGUGUGUCAAAGACCUUGCGAGUACUAGCUACAGGAGACAAUGAUCGCGUCCCCGUGAUAAGCCCACUGAAGAUCCGUGAACAGCAGCGGACUGCAGUCUCCACCAACUGGCUACUCCCUUACAACAACACCUGGUCAAUGGACAAAAUAUUCAUCACCACACCAACAUACAAUUACACCAUGAAAGACUAUCAGAAAUUCUACCAGGACAUCAACUUUAAAGAAGGCUGGCUUAUUCGACAAGACACCGAAUCGCUGGUGUACAAUUUGACUGCCCCUGGAGUCACAAUUUAUUGUCUGUAUGGAACUGGAGUACCAACACCUGAGUCCUUUAGCUACGAAGUAUUCCCUGAUCAGGAACCCAAAGUUGUCAGUGGUGAAGGUGAUGGAACGGUCAACCUGGUGAGCGCUCUGAAGUGCAAGGAAUGGGCAGGGAAGCAGGAAGGCAAAGUCUAUAUGAAAGAACUGCCAGGAAAUGAACAUGUAGAUAUGCUGUCCAACCUCUCUACAAUUUCCUACAUCCAAAAGGUCCUAUUUAAUUUGCCUCCACUAUGAAUUCAUACUGACCAUGUUGCAAGUCAGAGGAUACUUUUGUUUUGCUGAAUCUUGAGAGUUUUAUUAUGAGCUGAGGCACUGUGCUGACUGUGAAUUGACAUGUCAUGAUUCUGCUGUUAACUACGGUUGCUCUCUGACUUCUUCAUUGAAGCAUGAGCUAUGCAGCAAUCCAACUAAUUUCCUUUCUCAGAACAAAGGAGCUGCUGUUAAGUGAAGUCUUUGUUCCUGAUGAUGCAUGUGUGUUCCUAGAUGCUAAGUAAUCUCAAUUUACCCCAUUUCAGAGACUGUGUCUGACCUGAAUCUUGCCCAUUUUGACCUGGCAUAGGAACGGGUGUAGGUCACUCGGCCUUGAGCCUUUCCCAUCAUUCAGCUGGAUCAAUAGCUAUCCUUAACUGAAGCAGACACCAAGAGAAAUAGGUCCCAACUAAGUUCUUGAAUCGGUUUUUCGUUAUAAUGGAGAUUGGCGUGGAGAGGGGCUAGUGGAAUUAAUGUGAUUUGGGCAUAUAAUAGGAAUAUAAAGAAUUAAAGAUACACAGAAGCAAAUCUCUGCAUCCUUUAAAUAUCAAAAAUCUAACUGCUCAUUUCCUUGAAGAUGGGUUCAAAUGCAGGUCUUAAAAUUGUGCAUCAAUCCUGUAACAAAGUGAAGACCUAAACUGACAUGUCACCCUUCUUCACUUCCUAUCGGGCAUGUUUACUGACCAAUGAACUCAAUCCUGCAAAAAAAAAUGCAAGAUGGGCAACAGAAGUGUUACAGUGAUGUAAUUUUGCAGAACUGGAAUUGAAGUACAUGGGCAAGGAAAUAUAGAGGAGCAAAACCUGUUCCUGUCAUCCUUAAUAUGGCAAUGGAGGAUGUACAAAAGUACAGUUAAGUAUGAUUCUUUGCAUUUAAUCUUAUCCAACUAAUAAUAUUAAUUCUUUGCAAUUUAGUAUCCAACUAUUUUUGAAUACCUCUUCCAUAUAUUUACCUCAUCUUGUUUGACGUAUUUAUGCCAAACAUUAUGAGACCUCCUGAUUUCAAACCCACUUUCCAUCAGUUUAAAAGUAUAUCACCUCAUCCUUGUUUGAGUUGAUACUGAUCAAAAUGAAAGGGAAAAUAGAAAUGUUCUGCUUCCCUGGAGCUUAAUUCCCUUGAUUUGAGUUCAGUUCCACAAAUAAUCAGAAAAAGAAACAAGUUUUAACCUUCUGCAAUUUGCUUCUGUGGUUACAGUCGUUUUUUAGAUGUCCGGCCAAGAAUGUUAUAGUAGGCUUGUGCAAUAUCUUUAUUGGAUAAUAUUAAAUCUAUUUAUUUCUGUGCUGCCUUCACUGUAUAGAGGUAAACACAUGAGAAUGCCAAUGAUAACAGUCAAGAUAUUUAGAUCCAGAUAUUUAGACUCCGUACAUACAAGUUGAGAAUUUUUGAUUUGUGGGGAAGGGCACAAUUUACGGUUUAAACACAAUUGGCUCCUACUGUAAAAAGAGGAAAUGAGUAACACGUGGCACUUUCUCGAUUUUGAAAAUGGGGACAACGUCAAAAGGUUGUUGAUUACCCCAUUAUCCUAUGGCCAGGUGAACCACAAAGCUUGCUUCCUUACCUCUGCUCCCACCACAGCAAAAGAAGUGCUUCUUGCAGAAGGAGAACUUACACUUUUGCCAAAUAUGGGGAACAAAAUCCUGGCUUCAGCUUUGGUGGUUUCUUAACACCUCCCAAUAAUUUAUGGAAAUCUGUAACAAAUACAUCUGUAAUAGAACAGGUGGGUAGGGUACAGUAAAAGAUCUAGUUUCUUGAGAAAAGAAAAGCCAUGUCCAGUUUAUAUUUAUGAAAGUUUGUUAUAAAUGUUGGAUGUUAACUGUUUCAUAUGUAGAGUUCAGUACUGUAGAAUAUUUUAAUAUUUAGUGCACAAAUGUAGUAUCAAAUUCCAAAUAUUUGGUUGGUGCAUUUGACCAGUGAUAUCUUUAUGGACAUGAAUAUUUUCUUAAGGCAGUUAUAUUUUUGAUAACAGGGCACUUUAUUCAAGGCAGCAAAGUCUGGGUGCAGCCAUAAGGCAGGUUACCGUGGAGACUCACCACUUCCACAAGCUCUGCUUCCUUGUCCUCUUAUUCUGAUUGAGUUGCGAUUGCUGAUAACUGAUGGGAAAACUAACAUCUAAUUUUGUCUCGGAAGGGGUUUCAGUAUUUGGGCAGUCCUGCUGUACCUGCUGCUCUUAGCAAAGGCUGUGCUGCAGGAGGUGUGGGAAAUGCCAGAGGCCCACUGUUGUAGAUGGUGGCCCAGCUUCCCCACUCCCUCAUCCAGCUCUUGGCAGCGAGUGGUGUGGUUGGUUGGAUGAGAUUGGUGUUGGGCAUGAUGAGGCAGGGAAGGAAAUCCAAUAUUUACUAGAAUUGAUGUUUCAGUCUGUAAAGCUGAUGGUUGGUCACAAUUGUAUAUUUAAUGCUGUUGUUAUCUGUGCCUCUGCAGUUCACAUACACAGCUCCUGUUGCUGGUAAUAUUUAAUCACUAUUCAAGGUGCACUCCUGUAACCACUGCUUCUGUUUCUACUAGAGUGUUAUAUUUUUCACUGGAAAAUAAACAACUUACAUCUGGAG